UGCAGUGCUGGGAGGACUGGGGGCGUGGCACGGCCGCCAGAGGGCGAGGCUUCGAUGGACACUCCCCAGUAGCAGGUCCUGGGAAACUAACUUGCGAGUGGCACUUGUUAAGUGCUGUAGGAGAAUCGUCCAGGUUUUUAGGCUCCCUUGAGGUGUUUGGCCACUGCUGGCAACUCCAAGGUAAAGAUGACGGUAAUGAAUCACCUGAGAGGGAUUCUGCAAGCAUCUCCAUGGACAUUGCUGUGGAGAAGGAUCCAGGUUCCGAGGUCUUUGCCAGUGAGGUCCUGCAGUCUCUACACCUGCACUUACAGAACCCGGAACCGAGCCUUACCUCCACUCUGGGAGAACUUGGACCUUGUUCCUGCGGGUGAUCGGCAGUCACCCAUCAACAUCCGAUGGAGGGACAGUGUUUAUGACCCUGGCUUAAAACCACUCACUAUCUCUUAUGACCCAGCCACCUGCCUCCACAUCUGGAAUAAUGGGUACUCUUUCCUUGUGGAAUUUGAAGAUUCUACAGACAAGUCAGUGAUUGAGGGAGGACCCCUAGAACACAACUACCGACUGAAGCAGUUUCAUUUUCACUGGGGGGCCAUUGAUGCUUGGGGCUCUGAGCACACUGUGGACAACAAAUGCUACCCAGCAGAGCUGCACUUGGUGCAUUGGAAUGCAGUCAAAUUUGAAAGCUUCGAGGAUGCAGCACUGGAAGAAAAUGGGUUGGCUGUGAUAGGUGUAUUUUUAAAGCUAGGUAAACAUCAUAAAGAACUACAGAAAUUGGUGGACAAUUUGCCAUCAAUUAAGCACAAGGACACCCUGGUGGAAUUUGGAUCAUUUGACCCUUCCUGUCUGAUGCCUACUUGCCCAGAUUACUGGACCUACUCUGGGUCUCUCACUACACCGCCCCUCUCAGAGUCUGUUAUCUGGAUCAUCAAGAAGCAGCCAGUAGAGGUUGAUCAUGAUCAGCUUGAGCAGUUUCGGACCCUGCUUGUCACUUGUGAAGGGGAGAAAGAGAAAAGAAUGGUGGACAACUUCCGCCCACUUCAGCCACUGAUGAACCGUACUGUCCGCUCAUCCUUCCGCCAUGAUUAUGUGCUCAAUAUACAAGUGAAGCCCAAGCCAGCAGCCAGCCAGGUCACCCCCUAAGAUGUUCAUAUUUAGGCAGCACAUUGCUUUAAUGCGUAUUUGAUUAAAAUCUUAUCUAGUUUAUUUGAAAAUGCUACAUUUAAUAAUACUUAUAUGUAUACAUUUAUGUUUUUUUCUUUCAUUUUUGUAAUAUUUCAAAAUUCCUAUCCUUAUAAAGCAAAGACUUGGAGACAAAACAAUAAAAACAAAAAACCCAUAACCAUACAACAUCAGGAUACCUUAGAUUACUUUUUCUUGUGACAGGAUUAAGGCAGAGGAGUCUUCAUUAUGCCAAUUGAAAUGGCCUAUUUGGCAUUUUACUGUUAAAUUUCUCUGAUCUCUGUUUCUCAGAAAGUCAGAGAAAGUUUAGUCUCUGCUUGAUAAAAUGGAAAUAUAAUGUAAGUGACUCAUCUUGAUGUUUCUGUUUGGGCCUGAUAUAGGAGCUUAACCCACAACAAGAGGUACUUGUGAAUUUUAUUUAAUGACAUAACCUUUUUUGUUCAAAUUGUUAAAUUGUCUCAUCUUACAGUAUUGGUUCCACUCUUAGUUACUAUAAUUUGGAGCUGCUGAUCUCAAAAUGGCAUUCAAAGGUUAUGUGUGCAUUUAUUAGUUUUCAGAAUAUUUUAUCUGUCUUUUUUUUAAAGAUAAGGCUUCUCUAAGUACCCCUGGCUGUUCCAGAACUCAGUAUGUAGACCAGUCUAGCCUUGAACUCAUAGAGAUCUGUUUGCCUUUGCCUCCCAAGCGCUGGGAUUAAAGACUUGUCCCACCAUGCCUAGCUUUCAUUUGUCUUACCAAAUGCAUUUGCUCUUUGACUGAUAAUAGUAUGUGUCAUUGGAAUACAAGCAGGACAUGCAAGUUAUGAUAUAUUCUCAUAUCUGACAUUGUAUGAGUAUGUGUUCUGUCUUGAGGCAGGCUCUCACUCUGUAGUCAAGGCUAACCUGGAACUCAUAGUAAUCCUGUUGUCUCAAUCUCUCAAGUGCUAGGAUUAUAGGUGUAAGGUACCACACUAUACUAUUAUGUUUGACACAUUUGGCUACCAUUUUUAUUUUUUUGAAACAAGGCCUUGUCAGAAGGAGGGAAACAAGAAGUAUUUGCUAGAUAAGCUCCUAGUCACAAGCUGGCCAGCAGAUCCCUAUGGGGGAAGGGCCCAACAAUGUAGGGAAACCUAGCCCAUUAUGGGGGGGCGCCAUUCCCUAGGCAAGAGGUCUUGGAUUGUAUAAAUGUGGAGAGGAAGCUGAGCAUUAACAAAUGUGCAUGUAUUAUCUCUACUCUUGACUCUGGUAGUGAUGUGACUAGCUCUUUCAAGUUUCUGUCACCUUGACUUCCCCACAAUGAUGGACUGUAACCUGGAAUUGUGAACUAAAAUAGCCCUUUCUCCUCUAA